AGCGGUACCCCAGCUCCCGGGGAGCCGGGGAGAGGCCGGCGGGCCCCGCGCCUCCAGGGAAGAGCUCGGCCUGCAGCUCCGGAGGCUCCCGGCUCCUCCCGCCCAGGAGCACCCGGGCCGGAUGAGGCGCCUCCCCACGGCGCGGGGCCGGCAGCAGUGGGCCUGAGGGAGCUCCCGGGCACUGAGGGCUUUCGCGUUGGUCAACCCCCCGCCUCGGGCGGCCCCCCUCCCUGGCAUGCUGCUGGUGCCCAAGGCUCAGGGGCUCGUGGAGAUGCUGCAGACCAUCUAUGAGACAGAAUCCUGUUUCUCAGCAGAUGGGAUGUCAGGCCGGGAACCCGCCUUGGAAAUCCUGCCGCGGACUCCUCUCCACAGCAUCGCCGGGGCAGUGGAGGUGAAACCGGUGCUGCCAGGAGCCAUGCCCAGCUCCAUGGGGGGUGGGGGCGGAGGCAGCCCCAGCCCUGUGGAGUUGCGGGGGGCUCUGGCAGGCCCUGUGGACCCUGUGCUGAGGGAGCAGCAACUGCAGCAGGAGCUUCUGGCGCUCAAGCAGCAGCAGCAGCUGCAGAAGCAACUUCUGUUCGCCGAGUUCCAGAAACAGCAUGACCACCUGACGCGGCAGCACGAGGUCCAGCUGCAGAAGCACCUCAAGCAGCAGCAGGAGAUGCUGGCAGCCAAGAGGCAACAGGAGCUGGAGCAGCAGCGGCAGCGGGAGCAGCAGCGGCAGGAGGAGCUGGAGAAGCAGCGGCUGGAGCAACAGCUGCUCAUCCUGCGAAAAGAGAAAAGCAAAGAGAGUGCCAUCGCCAGCACCGAGGUAAAGCUGAGGCUCCAAGAAUUCCUCUUGUCAAAGUCAAAGGACCCCACGCCAGGCGGCCUCAACCAUUCCCUCCCGCAGCACCCCAAAUGCUGGGGAGCCCAUCAUGCUUCUUUGGACCAGAGUUCCCCUCCCCAGAGCGGCCCCCCUGGGACGCCUCCCUCCUACAAACUGCCUUUGCUUGGGCCCUAUGACAGCCGUGAUGACUUCCCCCUCCGCAAAACAGCCUCGGAACCCAACUUGAAAGUACGCUCAAGGCUAAAGCAGAAGGUGGCUGAGCGGAGCAGUCCCCUCCUGCGUCGCAAGGAUGGGACUGUCAUUAGCACCUUUAAGAAGAGAGCUGUUGAGAUCACUGGUGCUGGGCCUGGGGUGUCAUCUGUGUGUAACAGUGCACCAGGCUCUGGCCCCAGCUCUCCCAACAGCUCCCACAGCACCAUCGCUGAGAAUGGCUUUACUGGCUCAGUCCCCAACAUCCCCACCGAGAUGCUCCCCCAGCACCGGGCCCUCCCUCUGGACAGCUCCCCCAACCAGUUCAGCCUCUACACGUCCCCCUCUCUGCCCAACAUCUCCCUAGGGCUGCAGGCCACAGUCACCGUCACCAACUCGCACCUCACCGUAAGCCUCCCGAAGCUGUCAACGCAGCAGGAGGCCGAGAGGCAGACCCUCCAGUCCCUGCGCAGGGCGGGUGCGCUGACGGGCAAGUUCAUGAGCACAUCCUCCAUCCCUGGCUGCCUGUUGGGCGUGGCCCUGGAGGGUGACCCCAGCCCCCAUGGGCACGCCUCCUUGCUGCAGCACGUGCUUCUGCUGGAGCAGGCCCGGCAGCAGAGCACCCUCAUUGCUGUGCCACUCCAUGGGCAGUCCCCACUGGACGGUGAGCGUGUGGCCACCAGCAUGCGGACAGUGGGCAAGCUCCCUCGGCACCGGCCCCUGAGCCGCACUCAGUCUUCGCCGCUGCCCCAGAGCCCCCAGGCCCUGCAGCAGCUGGUCAUGCAGCAGCAGCAUCAGCAGUUCCUGGAGAAGCAGAAGCAGCAGCAGCUGCAGCUGGGCAAGAUCCUCACCAAGACCGGGGAGCUGCCACGGCAGCCCACCACUCACCCCGAGGAGACUGAGGAGGAGCUGACUGAGCAGCAGGAGGUGUUGCUGGGGGAGGGAGCCCUGUCCAUGCCCCGGGAAGGCUCCACGGAGAGUGAGAGCACACAGGAAGACUUGGAGGAGGAGGAGGAGGAGGAGGAGGAAGAGGAAGAGGAAGAAGAGGAUUGCAUCCAGGUCAGGGAUGCGGAGGACGAGAGUGGCUCUGAGGAAGGGCCCGACGCGGAGGAGUCCAGUGCUGGCUACAAAAAGGUGUUCUCAGAGGCCCAGCAGCUGCAGCCGCUGCAGGUUUAUCAGGCACCCCUCAGCCUGGCCACUGUGCCCCACCAGGCCCUAGGCCGCACCCAGUCCUCACCCUGCGCCCCUGGAGGCAGGAAGAGCCCCCCAGAUCCACCCACUAAGCACCUCUUCACCACAGUGUGGUCUAUGACACGUUUCAUGCUGAAGCACCAGUGCAUGUGCGGAAACACCCAUGUGCAUCCCGAGCACGCCGGCCGCAUCCAAAGCAUCUGGUCCCGGCUGCAGGAGACCGGCCUGCUCAAGUGUGAGCGGAUCCGGGGCCGCAAGGCCACGCUGGAUGAGAUCCAGACGGUGCACUCCGAGUACCACACCCUACUCUAUGGGACCAGUCCCCUCAACCGGCAGAAGCUGGACAGCAAGAAGCUACUCGGACCUAUCAGCCAGAAGAUGUACGCCAUGCUGCCUUGUGGGGGCAUUGGGGUGGACAGUGACACCGUGUGGAAUGAGAUGCAUUCCUCCAGUGCUGUUCGCAUGGCGGUGGGCUGCCUUGUGGAGCUGGCCUUCAAGGUGGCUGCGGGAGAGCUCAAGAAUGGAUUUGCUAUCAUCCGGCCCCCAGGACACCACGCUGAGGAAUCAACAGCCAUGGGAUUCUGCUUCUUCAACUCUGUAGCCAUCACAGCUAAACUCCUGCAGCAGAAGUUGAACGUGGGCAAGGUCCUCAUUGUGGACUGGGACAUCCAUCACGGCAAUGGCACCCAGCAAGCCUUCUACCACGACCCUGUGCUCUACAUCUCCCUGCAUCGCUAUGACCAAUGGGAACUUCUUUCCAGGCAGGGGGCUCCUGAAGAGGUUGGCGGAGGGCCAGGCGUGGGGUACAAUGUGAACGUGGCAUGGACGGGAGGUGUGGAUCCCCCCAUCGGAGACGUGGAGUACCUGACGGCCUUCAGGACAGUGGUGAUGCCCAUUGCCCACGAGUUCUCCCCUGACGUGGUCCUAGUCUCCGCUGGAUUUGAUGCUGUCGAGGGACACCUGUCUCCGCUGGGUGGCUACUCGGUCCACUGCAGAUGUUUUGGCCACUUGACCAGGCAGCUGAUGACACUGGCAGGGGGCCGGGUGGUGCUGGCCCUAGAGGGCCACGACCUGACCGCCAUCUGUGAUGCCUCUGAGGCCUGCGUCUCAGCUCUGCUCAGCGUGGAGUUGCAGCCCUUGGAUGAGGCAGUCUUGCAGCAAAAACCCAACACCAAUGCAGUGGCCACGCUAGAGAAAGUCAUCGGAUCCAGAGUGCGCAAACACUGGAGCUGCGUGCAGAGGUUUGCCGCUGGUUCUGGGAGCUCCUUGCGGGAGGCCCAGGCCGGAGAGACAGAGACGGCCGAGACUGUGAGCGCCAUGGCCUUGCUGUCGGUGGGGGCCGAGCAGGCCCAGGCUGCUACGGUCCGGGGAGCACAGCCCCAGGUAAGGUCCCCCUACCCCAGCUCUCUGCCCCUGCCCACAGCUGGUGACCCCCCAUCCCUGACUCAGUGCCCCUCGCUGUGCUUGUCCCUACAGGCCGGGCAGAGGAGCCCAUGGAGCAGGAGCCGCCCUGUGACGCCUCCUGGCCCCCAUCCUCUGGGCUUCAUCAUUGUGAUUUUGUUUAUUUUUUCUAUUAAAACAAAAAGUCACACAUUCAACCACGUGUGCGUGUGGGUUCUCUCAGCCUCGCCCCUCCUGCUCCUCCAGGCUGCUGCAGGCCCCUCCCCGUGGCUCACGUCUCAGCUCCUUCUUAGGGGUUGGGGUGCACCUCCAGGCCCUCCUCCUGCUGUGGCUUACACCCACUUCUCGCAUUCUGUCCUUUCCCCCCUUGGAUCCUGGGCCACUUGGUGGGACUGAGGCCGGGACAGUACCCUCAGGUUCUGCGGUCUCCCUGAGUGAGGAGGGGGUAGGAAGCUCGGUGCCUUGGCUUCAGCUAGUGUGGGAGGGAAAUGCCUCUUAAGUCACCUUCCUCCCCUUUCCAGCCCCAGGAGAGGGUCUGGAGGGCCCCUCUACAGUUUUUAUUGGUGUAGAGUGGAUGGGAGGUAGGUUCCCAACCUGUGAUUCUCUACCCUUUUCCCCGAGAGUGGCCUCACCAUCUUGGCACAGACUGCUCCUCCUCCUCCUCCUCUCCCAACCUCAGCACCCAGGGGACCUCCCAGGCCCCAGAAUGUGGGCCUGAGGUCUGUGGGCAGAGCUGCCUUGCCUCCUCUCCUCAGGGGCCUUUUUCCCCUUCCCAGAGGCUGGAGAGGGUGAAAGUGUGUGGGAAGAGAUGGGGCCGGCAUCCAGGGUCCCCAGGGGCCAGGCUUGCUCUCCACCUGAACUCUGUUGGCUUCCUUGCCCCUCUGCUGGGGAGGGGGAGAAGAUGGUCCCUGCAGGGGGGUUCCAGGCUGGUGAGAACCCCCCUGCUGCUCAGGACCAGCUUUCCCUAGCCAUCCACCUGCAAGUUGAGGGUCAACAACCCACUUCCCUCCUUCACCUUUUGCUUUGAAGCCUGAGGAUGGUGAGAGUGGGGGUUCCAGAAGGGGUCAGAACCCAGGAACCCAGGAGUCUGCUUUCAGCUGGAGCUUCCCUUUCUUGUGAGCUCCCUUUUUAGCCAAAAGAAGCUAAGACCAGGGCACUGCCCUUGUAUCCCAGGAGGACCUGCCGGGCCCCCUGUUUCCGGGGCUGGGGUUGUCCACAAAGCUCCCAAGAAAUGCUUUCCAGCUGGUAGGAAACCAAAGAUGGGAUGUGGCUCAUACCGGGCUGAGGUCUUCACUUCUCUUCCCAAACACCACAUAUACUUUCUUUCCUCCCAUUCCCAGGGCCCAACCAUCUGUUUACAUGUUUAUUAGCCUGAUAGGGGCCCUGAGCAGGGUUGGGGAGCCAGGGGAGGAGCAGGAGCCAUCUGCAUUUGGUUCACUGUGUGCUUUGUGUGUCUUACGUGUUGUCAGUGCGUUCUCGGGCCUCCGCGGGCCUAGUCUCCCAGGCCACCCCAGGCUGAGCCCCAGGCUCAGGGCCCCUUACCUUCUCUUCUCCCUGUGGCUGGUCUGGUUCUCGGUAAACCGCCCCCCCCCUUGCUUUGUCUCCCUGGAUAUGGAUUCAGUUAAGUAUUUUGUAACCUGUUUACAUUUUGUGUCCUUGUGUAAAUAAACUGGUUUUCUG